AUGUUACAAACCAAAGUACUCACAUAUAUUAUAGACGGCAUGAUCGCUGGCGUUAUCGGUUAUGUUAUCAUCAACGGCAUCAUCUUCAUCAUUGACAAGAUCUCAUUUGGAAGAAUUCAACCUGAUUACACCCUACGUGAAAACUGGUGGUCUGCAGCCUUUAGCCGAUCCUUCACACCUUAUUGGAUGCGCUAUGUUAUCGCUCGUGCUAAGGGCAAGCCCAUUCCAUGGCACGAAGACGACUAUGACUUUGGAUCCGACGAUGAAAACGACCACCCGGAUGUGGUUGUAAACGACAACAACAGCAUUUCAGAAGGGCAAACGGAUGUUGAUUCAUUACACCAAAGCCAUAUCCGCGAGAAAGCAUCAAUCUAUUAG